GCCGCUGCCGCCGCCGCCGCCAUGGCCGGCGCGGCCUCCCCCUCCCCGCGGUCCCCCCUGCGCCGGCCCCGGGCCGGGGGGUGGGGGGCGGAGGAGCAGGAGCCCGCCCAGCGCCCCGCUUGGCAGCUCUCCCAGCAUGCCCCGGGGCAGCCCCACUCCCAGCAUGCUGCAGGGCAACACCAAGGGCCAACUUCCCAGCAGCCCAUGGGGCAACCCCACUCCCAGCAUGCAGUGGGGCAUGGCGAGGAGCCACUCUCCCAGCAUGCAGUGGGGCACGGCGAGGAACCACUCUCCCAGCAUGCCACGGGGCAUGGCGAGGAGCCGCUCUCCCAGCAUGCAGUGGGGCAUGGCGAGGAGCUGCUCUCCCAGCAUGCAGUGGGGCACGGCGAGGAACCACUCUCCCAGCAUGCCACGGGGCAUGGCGAGGAGCCGCUCUCCCAGCAUGCAGUGGGGCAUGGCGAGGAGCUGCUCUCCCAGCAUGCAGUGGGGCACGGCGAGGAACCACUCUCCCAGCAUGCCACGGGGCAUGGCGAGGAGCCGCUCUCCCAGCAUGCAGUGGGGCACGGCGAGGAGCCGCUCUCCCAGCAUGCCACGGGGCAUGGCGAGGAACCGCUCUCCCAGCAUGCAGUGGGGCAUGGCGAGGAACCGCUCUCCCAGCAUGCAGUGGGGCACGGCGAGGAGCCGCUCUCCCAGCAUGCCACGGGGCAUGGCGAGGAACCACUCUCCCAGCAUGCCACGGGGCAUGGCGAGGAACCACUCUCCCAGCAUGCCACGGGGCAUGGCGAGGAGCCGCUCUCCCAGCAUGCCACGGGGCAUGGCGAGGAACCGCUCUCCCAGCAUGCAGUGGGGCAUGGCGAGGAGCCGCUCUCCCAGCAUGCCACGGGGCAUGGCGAGGAACCGCUCUCCCAGCAUGCAGUGGGGCACGGCGAGGAGCCGUUCUCCCAGCAUGCCACGGGGCACGGCGAGGAGCCGUUCUCCCAGCAUGCCACGGGGCAUGGCGAGGAACCGCUCUCCCAGCAUGCAGUGGGGCAUGGCGAGGAGCCGCUCUCCCAGCAUGCCACGGGGCAUGGCGAGGAACCGCUCUCCCAGCAUGCAGUGGGGCACGGCGAGGAGCCGCUCUCCCAGCAUGCCACGGGGCACGGCGAGGAGCCGCUCUCCCAGCAUGCCACGGGGCAUGGCGAGGAACCCCUCUCCCAGCAUGCAGUGGGGCAUGGCGAGGAGCCGCUCUCCCAGCAUGCCACGGGACAUGGCGAGGAACCGCUCUCCCAGCAUGCCACGGGGCAUGGCGAGGAACCGCUCUCCCAGCAUGCAGUGGGGCACGGCGAGGAGCCGCUCUCCCAGCAUGCCGCGGGGCACGGGGAAGAGCCGCUUUCCCAGCAUGCCGCGGGGCACGGCGAGGAGCCGCUCUCCCAGAAUGCCACGGGGCACGGCGAGGAGCCGCUCUCCCAGUAUGCAAUGGGGCACGGCCCGGAGCCGCUCUCCCAGCCUGUUGUAGGGGCGCGCCGGGUGCUGUUUGCUGAUACCCUGGGCUUGCCCUUGACCCGCCUGCGGCGCUACCAGCCCUGGCCGCCCCCCUCGCCUGAGUCGCCCCCUGAGGUGCUGCCCCACACCGGCCAGCCACGCCCCGCCCCCUACCUGCUUCCCGCCUUCGUGCUGCCCCUGCCAGGGCAGGGCGAGCCGGAGCGGCUGGCGCGGCUGCGCCGGGCCAUGGUGGAGCUGGAGGAGGUGCUGGCGUCGGGGCCGGGCGAGCCAUGGCUGCUGCGGGGCACCGUGCGGGUGCUCAACGUGGCCUACCGCAAAGCCGUCCACGUGCGAGCCAGCCAGGACCGCUGGCGCACCUACCGCGACCACCCCGCCUGCUACGUGCCGGGGGGCUCGCCCGAUGGGGGGCUGAGCGACCGCUUCACUUUCAGCCUGCCCUUCAGCCCUGGCCAGGAGGAGGAGGAGGAGGAGGGGGACGAAGCCCGGCUGGAUUUCGUGAUCCGGUACCAGACCGACGAGGGCGUCUACUGGGCCAAUAACCAGGGGAAGAACUACAGCGUGGUGAUGAAGGGCCUGCCCCCGCCCCGGGCGCCCCCCAGCAUUGCUGGCCCCGGGCGGCAGCUGAAGAGUUGCAUGAGGCCGGAGAGGAUGAGGCCGUGUGAGGAAGAGCCAAGCGAUGAAGAUACACCAAACCCUGUCGACGCGGAAGAAGGGAGCCCUGAAAGGGAGACGCGAAGAGAAUCGCCCUCAGCUCCCGCACCGCAGCCCACGGGACAGGUCCCGGCGCUGCCGGUCGCCUCCACGUCCCUGGAGACGGAGCCGCCUGCGAGGGAGCCCCCGCAGCCACCCGUGGCCGGCACUCUGGGGCCAGGGGCCUCGUUCUUGGAGGCUGGCCUGGCAGAGCAGGCUGGGCUCUGGCGGGUGGAGGAGGAGGCUGUGGACUCGGAGCUGGAGCAGCUAUACCUCUGCCAUCUCAGCCGGCUGCGGGCAGAGGAGCUGGGGGGCGCCGGGGGGCGGCCGGGGGGCAUGGAGGCGGCUGGCUGCCCCCCGGCCUGGCUGCCUGCCCUGCACCUGAGCGUGCUGAGCGACCGGGACCUGGUGGUCGGCUGCGCCGGGCCGGAGCGGGCGCUGAACAGCUCCCUGGCCCAGGAGAUUACCCGGCGUUACGCCAGCCCAGCGGGCGAGGGCCCGGAGACGGGCACGGCAGCCCGACUCACCCCGCCAACCGGCCCGGGGCGGGACAGCCCCCCAGCGCUGCUGGAGGGCGGGAUCCGGGGAGCCGGCUCAGGGGGGACUCUGCAGCUGCUGGCGCCGGCCGCCGUGGUGGUGCCGGCAUGGACAGCGGCCCCGGUAGGGCGAGGCCGGGGUGGCUGCGGAGGGCCACAGGGCCUGUGGUUGGGUGAGCCCAGGGAGGGGGUGCCCGGCUGCCCCCCGCGGCUGGGGCAGGCCCUGACCGGUUCCCUCCACGUCCUGGGCCUUGUGAUCAUCCUGCCCAUGGUCCUCAGUGGCUGCCUGCCGGCCGCACUCAUCACCCUGUAUGUGGUUCUCACGUGGCACCAGGCGAGCCCCCCAGCGGUGAGGCCCCACGGCACGCUGGAGCCGCCCAGCCACCCGCUCCCCCACGUGGCCCUCUUCGGCGUCUGCAAGUCGAAGGAGCUGCUACUGUGGGAGCCGGGGAGGGGGGUGGUGCCUCAGUUUCCCCACAUGGGAGCUCUGCCCGUGUUUGGGAAGCCGUGGGACACUCUUGGAGUGAUGGAGGACAGCCUGUGUCGGAGCCGAGGCUGGGUGGAGCCCCGCAGGCCGGCGAUGGCGAACGCCAGCGAGGCAGACGAGCCGGGCCUGCCGGGCCCCCCGGCGGCCUCCACCUACGCCAAGCUGCUGUUGCUGGGGCUGAUCAUCUGUGUGAGCCUGGCGGGCAACCUGGCCCUGGCGCUGCUGGUGCUGAAGGAGCGGGGGCUGCACCGGGCCCCCUACUACUUCCUGCUGGAUCUGUGCCUGGCCGAUGCCGUGCGGGCGGCCAUCUGCUUCCCCUUCGUCCUGGUCUCCAUCCGCCACGGCUCGGCCUGGACCCACAGCCCGCUGAGCUGCAAGGUGGUGGCCUUCCUGGCCGUCCUCUUCUGCUUCCACGCUGCCUUCCUGCUCUUCUGCAUCAGCGUCACCCGGUACAUGGCCGUGGCCCACCACCGCUUCUACGCCAAGCGCAUGACCCUGUGGACGUGCGUGGCCGUCAUCUGCAUGGUGUGGACCCUCUCGGUGGCCAUGGCCUUCCCGCCCGUCUUCGACGUGGGCACCUACAAGUUCAUCCGGGAGGAGGACCAGUGCAUCUUCGAGCACCGCUACGUCAAGGCCAAUGACACGCUGGGCUUCAUGCUCAUGCUGGCCGUGCUGGUGGGGGCCACCCACGCCGUCUAUGGCAAGCUGCUCUGCUUUGAGUACCGCCACCGCAAGAUGAAGCCGGUGCAGAUGGUGCCGGCCAUCAGCCAGAACUGGACGUUCCAUGGGCCGGGGGCCACCGGCCAGGCGGCCGCCAACUGGAUCGCCGGCUUCGGCCGGGGCCCCAUGCCGCCCACGCUGCUGGGCGUCCGGCAGAACGGCCACGCCGCCAACCACAGCCUGCUGGGCAUGCAGGAGUUCAAGGCGGAGAAGCGGCUGGGGAAGAUGUUCUACGUCAUCACCGUCCUCUUCCUCCUCCUCUGGUCGCCCUACCUCGUGGCCUGCUACUGGCGGGUCUUCGUCAAGGCCUGCAGCAUCCCCCACCGCUACCUGGCCACCGCCGUCUGGAUGAGCUUCGCCCAGGCCGCUGUCAACCCCAUCGUCUGCUUCCUGCUCAACAAGGAGCUCACGAAGGGGCUGGCGGCCCAUGUGCCCUGCCGCAGGACAGAGCCCCCCCUGCCCCGGGAGCCGUACUGCGUCAUGUGAGGGGGGGCGCUGGACACGUCACGCCAGGGGUGUCCCCCAUGGGUCACGGCCACGGGAGAGGGUUCGAGGGGCUGGCAGCAGCGGGUUGAGGGCGGGACGCUGGACAUCCGGCGACAAUCCGGAGUCACCCCCUGCCCGCAAUGGGAUCAGGCCGGAUUCAGAUCUCAGUUAAUCUGCAGUCAAUACAAAGCCACCCCCAGACUGCAGUGGGAUCAGGGCCGGAUUCUGAUCUCAGUUAAUCCAGAGUCAAUCUGGAGUCACCCCCUGCCCGCAAUGGGAUCAGGCCAGAUUCUGAUCUCAGUUAAUCCAGAGUCAAUCCGGAGUCACUCCCUGACCGCAAUCGGAUCAGGCCAGAUUCUGAUCUCAGUUAAUCUGGAGUCAAUCCGAAGUCACCCCCGGACUGCAGUGAGGUCAGGGCUCGAUUCUGAUCUCAGCUCCCCUGGGGUCAAUCCAGAGUCACCCUGACUUCGGCAGUCUUACUCCAGCUGCAGUGGCUUAAUCUGGAUUCACAUCCGGGUACCCAAAAUGGGGAAUUUGCUGUGUCUAGUUUAUUCCCCAACGUGGAGAUGAGAAGAGAUGGGGUAGGAGUGGGGCAGGUCUGGGGAGGAAAAGGGAGCU